GAAAUACGAUAUUCCCGUUCGUUAUUCCUACGCUGUGACUCCCUAUCAUUCGGGGAUAUACCCCGUUCUGAAUGCGCUCUACUCUUCUUGGAAAGAAGUCUGGAAUAUCACGGCCACAUCGACGCAACAAUAUCCGCAUGUUUUCAUGUUGGGUCCCCAUCGCGGUUUUCGAUUCAAUGGUGUCCAAGUCCUGCCACGCCAAACUUGUGGCGUAUACAGUCACUACGUUCGAUUGAGGGAUUUUCCUGGUGGCUUGGACCGAUUGCGUCGAAUGAUAUUCGGUGGAUCCCUAUUUUUUACUGUUCUAUUUAAUCCAUUGUCUAUAUUCAUGACUCAUAUGCCAAACUUUAAGGGAGACCGAUUGGCGUUAUACAUCUUCGAUGCACUCUUCGAAUUUAUCCGUGAUUGGACCAAUCUCCGUCUGCAGACUGUGCCUCCCACAGAAUUGGCUCUACUCUACUCUCAACAAUUCGACAAAUGGGGUGCGAACGAUGCUCCGCUACACAGGGACCCUUGUGCGGAUCGACAUACUCGGGCAUUGUGGCCAGUGAAUUUACCUUGUGGUUCCGAAUUUUUGCCCCAUUUGGUUAUCGUGGGCCCUCAAAAAACGGGGACCACGGCUCUGGUGCAUUUUCUACGCCUUCAUCCGUCGUUUGCAGCCAAUCACUUUCAAAACGGGACCACAUUCGAGGAAUUGCAAUUCUUCAGUUCCGACUCCAUUUACGGUCGUGGCAUCCUGUGGUACAUGGAUCAAUUUGACCGACACGCCAACCAAUCUACCCGAAUUAUUCGUUUCGAGAAAUCGGCGACUUAUUUCACGAAUACUAAGACUCCGGCUCGUCUUCGUUCGCUAAUUCCUGGUGCGAAAGUUAUUGUCAUGCUUGCGAACCCAAUCACCCGGGCCCAUUCAUGGUAUCAGCAUAGUCUCGCGCAUAAUGAUCCGGCGCCCAAAUUAAUUUCCUUUCUCGAUCUACUUCGCUUCGGUCGGGAUUUAACCGGCGAAUUGUUAUCAAAACUGGUGACUAAAGCUCGGCUAAAUGAACUUAAGCUCGAUGUGAAAAACACCACUGCAAUGGAACAAAUGGCUUCUAAAAUCCAGAGCCUAUAUCGCCGAUGCUUGGAACCCGGCGCCUAUGCUUCACACUUGUCCCUUUGGCUAAAGUAUCUUCCACCCACACAGAUUCUUCUACUAGACGCCCAGAUCUUCAAAACGUCACCCAUCGUUUCACUGAGGAUUGUUGUAGAAUUUCUUGGGCUCCCAAACUACUUCAAUUUCUCCGAAUAUUUACAGUACGAUUCUGAGAAGGGCUUCUUCUGUCUUCGGCCUGGCCGCCGUUAUCCUCUUUGGCCUGGCAGCUAUGUCCAUUUGCGCUCGUGUCUUGGGUCCGGCAAAGGACGUCGCUAUCAACCUUUGGACCCGAUCACUGAGGUGCCAGCACUGUUGCGCACUCACUUUGAAUCCGCGAAUAUUGACUUGUACAAUCUGCUCCGUAGGCAACCUAUUUGGCGUCAGUGGCUCGCCAAAGCGGGCUCUGAGUAUCCCAGCUGGCUCCUUCAGUCAUUAAAUCUCAGCAAACCUGUGCCACCUGCUGCCUGAAUGGUUCUCUAUUCGUGCUCCUUCCUUCCUGUCGUGUGAUCUCCACUUUUCUCCGUUGGUCCAAUUACUUUCUCCCACUGUUCCACUAACAACAGCUCAGGCUAUUUUCGCUUGAGUUUUCUUCAUUUUCAUUACUGACUCUACGCCAUUGCAGCUGCGCAUUAGGUAUCUUCUCACCUCGCAUGCCGACAACCUAUUUUGCAUAUAUAUCACUUCUGAGAUG